AUGGCUGAUGCAAGCGACUCUGGUGGACGGUUGUUGAUGUCGCCCGUCGCAGCAGCAGCAGCUUCGUCGUUGGAUAGCCACGCGUCGGAUGCGUCUACUGCACUGCACAUUGCUGGCGGGGUUGGCCGGAGGAGCAGUGCUGAGGAGCAGCAGGAGCAGGAGCGACAGGAGAGCCAAGAUCAACCCACCGCUCUUUCCGCAGCAGCAGGAGCAGGAGCAGUGGCGUCCUCGACGACGGGCUUGGCAGGGCGCGGCGUGGGCAAGCACACACGCAAUGCAAGCGUCGGGUCGACGUCGAGCUUUGGCAGCAGCAGCACCGAGCACGACCGAGACCACGAGCAGGAGAACGAAGACACGCUCGGCCGAACCAGCGCCCUGACAAAGACCCUCCUGCGCGAGGUUGCCGCGCUCACCCAACAACAACAGCAGCAGCAGGCAAGCAAUGCGACAACAACGUCGUCCUUGCUGGGAGUGGCGGCUGCGGCAUCUGCUGCGGCUGCGAUCAGCACGUCGCCGUUGUUGCUUCCGCGCAAUGCAGCUGAAACAGCCACAGCCAGUUCGAUGGGCCACGUCCCAAAGAUUGUCACGGUCGAAGAGUUUUUCGCCAGCGCCGUCAAGAGCAUUGUCAUUCCAUCGACGAUAGCACCGUCGUCGUCGUCGUCGUCGUUGUCGUCUGCUUCGUCUGCUUCUACUUCGGCUUUGGCGCUCUCGCAACAAGCUGCGCCUGUUGUUGCAGCUGGUUACCCAAGCUUGGUCGCUCAACCACCAUUACCUCCUGCUGCCUCGGGUGCCGCGCCAGCCACGCCAGCCACGCCAGAAACACCAUUGGUGGAUGCUGCAACCGGACGGAUUGUGACUGCACCAAUACCCGUGCAGCCUCCUGUCGCCGUGCAUCAUCCUCCUCCUCCCGCACCAGGAGCUUUGCGACGUGACUCGGUCGACGAGGCGGUGCUCGAAUUCGAGUACGAGCUGCAGCACAUUGGCGAGCCAGACGACGACCUUGCUUUUGGUCAGCAGCUGCAGCUGCGACUCCAGCGCCAGCAUGACUACCAUCGGCACUUUUCACACUUCUUAACUCCGGAUCCUUCGACGCAGAAUGCUGCGCCGUCAGCGUCGCCGGCGCCUCCAGUCGCUCAGAACACCCCUACCCAAGCACGCCAAUCCAGUAGUGGCUCUGUACCGCGCCGAAGAGAGCCCGAUAGCGUCGACGUUAGCAACAAUGACUCUACGUUCGAGAGCGGAAAUAACACCACCGCCGACGAGACGGACGACGGCCUCGAAAGCGAGCGAGACCACCCGUCCGAUGCCGAGACAACCGACCACGAGGAUGGCAGCGAAUCGGACACUUCCAGCUCGCAAGCCAGGCGAUCUCGGCGCUCAACGGCUGGCCAUUCGACCGGCGCACACACGUCGGCGAGCACCAGCACCACCGGCAGCCACCACAGCGGUCGUCGCAGCAGUUAUCAAUCGCGCCAUCGCGGCAGCGUUGACACUGACUUGUACACGGAUGCGACAGACAGCGAGAUGCUGGACGAUGACACUGCGAGUUCCUUCAACCAAGAGGGAGUCUCGUCUGGCGGGCAGCUUGAAGACAGCCCUGGCCAUCAUCAUCCACCCCCCGAUGAAAAUGACGACUAUCCCGCUCGACGCCGCCGCCACACCGAGAAGAAUAAGAGCCAGAGCUCGGACUCACAAGGACCCAGCCAGCGGGGGAGCGAGGAUUUCGACACUGUUUCUGUCACCACAUUCCCAGAAGGUGAUAUUACGGACGCCAUCAACGGCCAACCGCGAAGCGCCAAUUACCUGGAUACUCCGCGCCCCACCGACGGCGAUGAUCGCAGCCAAAUCUCCACCGCCUCGUCCCUGUCCAAUGCCCUGACGGAGGUCUUCUCGCCCUUCUUUGCCUGUUUGCGCCCGGCAGUGGCGCGGAUUGAAGGUCUGCUUGUUUUGGCCCAAAAACAGCAGCAGCAGCCCCCUCACACGCCAGAGCUCCCCGGCGGCAGUGCAUCCAACUCGAGCAACCUUCUCGGCGCCUCCUCGAGCACUGCCGGCAGCUCUUCGACGUUGCACGUCCCGACCGUGGGCAGCUCGCGCGCUGGCUCGUCCACAACGCUUACCGCCUUGCCGCCGUCUCCAGCCACGGGCCGCGUCUCGCGUCACAACAGUGGCUCUGGCAUAUCUUCGCGUCACGCUAGCUCGAGCGUCAUCAACGGCUCUGCGACGCCCGCCAUUCCCGAAGGCUCUGGCGUGACGGGAGAAGGUGGCGCCGUCCCAGCACCCACCUUGUCCAAAAAGCGGUCCUUCUUGUCCCGGUCACGCAAGUCGUCGUGGGAGAUUCGAUAUGACAAAAUCAAAGAGCUGCGCUGGCUUGGCGCGGGUGCUCAAGGCGCCGUAUUCCUUGGCCAGUUGGCAGAUCGUGUCGUGGCCGUCAAAAAGCUCAAACACUGCUCCAACCGCGAGAUCAAGCAGAUCAAACUGCUUCGAAAGCUCACACACCAGAACAUUGUCGAGUUUGUCGGCGUUUGCACGCGUCCGCCCCAAUUCUGCAUCAUCAUGGAGUUUUGCGAACACGGCCCAAUGUUUGACGUGAUGAAGUCGCGCAGCCUUGGACCCACCCUCCUUCUCGACUGGGCCAUGCAGAUUGCGCGUGGCAUGAACUACCUCCACGACAACAAGUUUAUUCAUCGCGACCUCAAGUCUCCCAACGUGCUCGUCUCCGCCAACGAUGUGCUGAAAAUCUCUGACUUUGGCACGGCCCGCGAGUUUGGCGGCAUCUCGGAGAACAUGACGUUUGCGGGCACGGUGGCGUGGAUGGCGCCCGAGGUCAUCCGCAACGAGUUGUGCUCUGAAAAGGUGGACGUUUGGUCGUACGGCGUUGUGCUGUGGGAGCUGCUGACUGCGCAGAUUCCCUACGACGGCGUUGACCCCUCGCGCAUCAUUUGGGGCGUGGGCAGCAACAUGCUCUUGCUCCCAAUCCCAGCCACGUGUCCCGAGGGCUUCCAGCUCUUGCUCAAGCAGUGCUGGACAAUCAAGCCGCAAAAUCGGCCUGCCUUCCGUCAGAUUCUCUCGCACCUGGAGAUUCUUGCCGAGAACUUUUUGCUCACGCCUCACGACGAGUAUCUGCUCACGCGCGAGGGCUGGCAGGGCGAAAUCAAGCAGCAGUUUGCCGACAUGAAGGAGCGUGAAAAGUACCUGCGUCAGCUUGAUGAAAGUCUCAUUCGCAAGCGCGAAAGCGAGCUCGAGCAGGCCGAAAACGUUCGCAAAAUGUACGAGGAGGAGCUGCAGCGAACCGAAACCAUGUCCAAAGAGCUGUAUCAGUUUGAGGCGCAGCUCAAACAACGCGAGGCAGACCUUGCGCGCAAGGAGUGGGAGCAAACUCAGCGCAUGGCCAUUCCAGCGGCUCGUCUCGCGACAGGUGACACGUCCGAGCUUUCGACUAGUCCUGGUCGCGACCGGCCUCUGUUUGGCGCGCCCAAGCGCAAAAUUGUUCGCCAGACGCUGGUUGCCAAAACCAAGGCUUUGGAAAAGUUUUUCGAGUCGCACAGUCGUCCCUCGCACGCCCCAGCGUUUGCCUCUUCCGCAAACGUCGGCUCUGACGGCCACCAUGUUAAUUUCCACGCAUACCACGAGGACGAGGACGGUCACCAGCAAGAGGAUGCCCACCACCCAGACACUGGCGCUCACACCCUGCGCGCCAUGGUUUCUGCCGUCGAGCAGCAGGAAGAGGAGGAGGAAUUGGAAGAGGAGGAAGAGGAGGAAGAAAUCUCAUCGGCCUCGCCGCUGAACGACGAGUCUGAGGAUAUCUUUUACAUGCAGCCGCCUGCCCGUUCGCGUUCCGCGUCGAAAUCCGGGCUGGCAGUGUCCUUUGCGCCUGGCACGGCUGUUCCUCUGUCUGUCACGGACGCCGACGCUGGCCUUGGAGCCAUGUCAACCAUGCCCGUACAGUCGGCUUUCGCUACGGUUGUGAUGGCUCGAAGCCACGAUUCGACGCAAGGGCAUGCGACAUUGUUUGAACUGUCAUCGUCGUCAUCGUCGUCCUCAUCAUCAUCCGCCUCGCCUGCCGUGCAUCAGCCGUCAAGCACUCCUGCUGCCGUGCCCACCCCCUCUAGUUCGGGUAUGACCUUCCGCCCGCGGCCUCUCGAGGGUGAAGAGGACGAGGAUGAGGAGGACUUGCUCGUAGACGACGACGAAGAGGACGAGGAGGAAGAGGAUGACGAAGAUGAGGUUUCUUCUGAAGUUGUGCUCGCCAGAAACGCCGGGGCCGCCACCGCCACCGCCGCCGCCGCCGCCGCCACCAAUCCCAUCUUCCAUGAGAGCGAAAGCGGCGAGGCCGAAUCGCCGCGAGGCACCUCGCCGGCGCAUUCGUCGCUGUUUGAUGCCCUGCACCCUCGUCUGCGCGUUCAUCCCAUUCUUGCGACCAGCGAGGAUGAGGACGAGGUGGACUUUGUUCGUGCUUCCAUGUCCCUCGACCUAUUUGCGUCUGGGCAGCCCAGCAACACUGCUGUCCAUCCGAACGCGCCGCUCGCCACCGCGAGUACGACCGACAGCUCGUUGGCAGUGCUGCCUUUGCCCAUCUCUGUCAACACCGGCAUUGCGCCGACGGAUGUCAAUGCUCAGAGCGACUACUUCUUGACGGACGCGUCGCUGAUUCGUUAA